AUGCAGAAAGAUUUGACCGUUGGAAUGUACUCGCUCCUUGUAACGAGUCAAGGCGCAGACAACGACCAGUUCGAUGAAUACGACGAGAGCGCGACAUCGCUUCAUGGUACCUCCGACCGCAGAAGACUGACUUUCAUGCGAACCAUGACGCUUUACUUCUCUCUCUUGAUUAACGCUCUUUUUCUCUGUGUCAUUUUUUAUCUCCAUGGGCAAGUGUCGGAUCAUGGCUUACACAUCUACUCACCAGCACAAACCGUGUUGCGUCCUGUUCGGCGGAAGUUUUCGCAUCUUCUGGAUACAAAUAUCUACAUGGAGUCACCGUCAGACGAAGUUGAUCAAGCGUGGCGCGAUCUGUACAACUUCGGAAUAUCUAGGAUUCCAAGGGCUCAAGCGUCAUUGAUGUUUAACAAGUCUGUCCCUAUACCAGGUGACGAAGAGAACUAUAUCAUUUCUCUCGACGUCUGGCACCAAAUUCAUUGUCUCAACAUGAUACGACAAGCACUCUAUCCCGACCGAUACGGAGCCAUGAAUUCGACCCUAUUCCUCGUCGAUCUUAGAGCCCCGCAAGAGAUGAACUUUGAAGAACCCCUUGCCAAAGUCCCAUUUGAUCACGUUGCGCACUGCAUCAACUCGAUUCGUGAAUCGCUGAUAUGCUCUGCGGAUAUUACACCCAAUGUUUGGUACUGGGAUGAGCGGGUACAGAGGUCCAUCCCGUCAUUUGAUGUGGUGCAUGAGUGUAGAGAUUUCGGCGCCCUGAAGGAGUGGGCUUUGGAACGGCAGCUGGACGGCGAAUUUGACACUACUGUACAUAUCGUACAUUGA